GCCAAGAAAAAUUUAUUAUCUGGUACAUGAUAUAUAUAUUUGUGAAAUAGACCACUAGGGCCAGUUUUAUUAUAAUACAAAAUAAUAAUAGUACAUCUAUAAUCGAAGGCACUAAAGCUAAAGAAUUAUCUCAUCUAUAAUUUCGCAGUACUGGUCAGUAGUAUCCCGAAAUCUGGCACUCAUUCUCACAUUUUUAAACUCCUUGUCAUGCCAAAAAUGGACGACAUUUAAUCCUUUCUCUUGAAGUUUCUCACAUGGCCAAUAUGGGUUGGUUACAAUAUAAUCUUCACGGGAGAAGUGUACGAUCCAGAUCUCUCGGGGAUGGAGUUGCUCUUCAUACUUAAAUACAAAUACUUGUUCGAGCCAAUAAUUAAAAUAUAGUUUUUUAUUAAAAAAUGCCAAAAAAAUUAACUUUAGAUAUGGCUCGUAAAAUUGCUAAAAAACAUGAUGGAGAAUGUCUUUCAACUGAAUAUAUUAACUCUAAGACUCCAAUGUUAUGGAAAUGUCAUCAAGGCCAUAUUUGGAGUAUUCCAUUUAACAAUAUUAAAAACCAAAAAACUUGGUGUCCAACAUGUCAUAGUCCCAGAAAAACUAUUGAUGAUAUGCGCCAACAUGCUAGAACACGGAAAGGUGAUUGCCUUUCAGAUAAGUAUUAUAAUAGAGAUACAAAGUUGAAAUGGAUUUGUGAAAAAUCUCAUAUAUGGGAAGCUCGUUCUGAAGAUGUUUUAAGAGGGACAUGGUGUCCAGUUUGCGCAGGUAAUAUAUCUUACACUAUUGAAAUUGCUAAACAAAUUGCAUCUGACCGAAAUGGAGAGUGUCUUUCAACAGAAUAUAUCAAUAAUUGUUCUAAAUUGUUAUGGAAAUGCAUUGAGGGUCACUUAUGGAGUGCACCACUUUUUACACAAAAAAGAGGCGGUGGUUGCCUUUCAGAUAAGUAUUUUAAUAAUUCUACAAAGUUGAAAUGGGUUUGUAAAAAUAAUCAUAUAUGGGAGGCUGUUCCUGCUA